AUUUUAUCUUCACCUUCAAUUCUAAGUUCCUAUGAAGAAAAACCUAAUUUAUUUAUUUUUGUAAAUAAACCGUAAAUAUUUUUAGUUUCUUUUAGAUUAUUUUCUUUUUUUUUGUGUUUUCUUUUAUCCUCAUAAUGGUAGAUGGAGAACUAGAAUUUCUUGAUCAAAUCGAUUUUGAAAACCUUUUUGAUAAUAUCUCAGAAGAUUUUGAUUUGUUUGAGAAGGAUUUUCUUCCUCUUCCUCAGGAUGAAGUAAUUCCAAAUUCUUGUGAUUCUCCAUGGAGUGAGGUUGAGCAACUUUUGAUGAACGAUGAUUUUGACGAUAAACAAGCAAUAGUGGUUGAUGAUGAUCCGAGGAAUUCGGAGAUUUCUGAUACUUUCUUUUCUGAUCUUCUUGCUGAUGUGGUUGGUGUUGUUGAGGAGGGAUCAUCUGGUGCUGUUGAGGUUAGGGUUUCUGAUGGGGAUUGUUCGAAUCCAGAACCUAAUGGAUCUGAUGAUAGUAGUGGUGAGAAGGGAAGUCCUGAUGAUUGUUCGAAUCCAGAAUCCAAUGUGUCUGAUGAUAAUAGUGUUGAAAAAGGAAGUCCUAAUGACAAAGAAGAUGAUGAAGAAGAAGAGAACAAGGAUGAUCCAAUCAGUAAGAAACGCAAAAGACAAAUUAGGAACAGAGAUGCUGCUUUGAGAUCAAGGGAGAGGAAAAAGAUGUAUGUGAAAGAAUUAGAGGUGAAAAGUAGAUAUCUCGAAAACGAAUGUAGAAGAUUGCAGCAUUUACUUCAUUGCUGUUACGCGGAGAAUCAUAAUCUCCACCUACAAAUCGGUGCUUCCAUGGCCGCCAAGCAGGAGUCUGCCGUACUCUUCUUGGAAUCCCUGCUGUUGGGUUCCCUGCUUUGGUUCCUGGGCAUCGUGUGCCUCCUCCUGUUUCCUCUACAAGGGCUGGAAGUGGUCUUCCCAAGUCGUCAUCCUCCAGCAAACGAGCUGGUGGUAAGCGUGGGAGACAAUCUAGCAAGGACAACAGGAAAUAAGACAACUGGUUUUGGGGCAUUACGACUCUUUUUCAAGAGGAAACGGUCAAAGAUGAGAACAUUGGAUGUUAUAUCGCGAUUAUCAUUAGGGGUAGCCCCUCUAGCGACUGCUCUAGUAGUGUAGUAUGAGACUUUUCUCCUUUUUUUGUGGCUUGUGUUCUUUUUUCAUCCUAGACUUGUGGUGCCUCCUUAAUAAUAUAAGUGAUACUUCUUACUCAUUGUUUUCUUUGGACCGGUCAUUUGAUAUUGAUAACACUUGUUUAGACUUGAAUUUUCAAUCAGCCAAGUUGGC